GUUCCGAGCCAUCAACUCCACAUAGCAGGGCUCAGCUUGCCGUGCAUACAGUUACACACAGGAAAAUCAUGGAAACACAUCACAAAGAACUUCACAAAUCUACAAUAGUUUGAGUUACAUCGGGAGCCCCUAAUCAGAGAAAAAAUAACCUGAAGGAAACAUUAGAGGGACUACAGAGAGACUGGGACCUGGGGUCCUGAGAAGUGAGGAAACAUUUUGGUCAGCUUUCUUCUUAGAUUCAACCAGACUGAGGUGAAGACAGAGUUCAUAUUUAAUAGUUUCUGGUAUCUUUAGUGUGAUCUGUACAAGUUUUGACAAAAGGUUUUGGUGUAUUGACAAUUUCAGCAUUGCACCAUGGAUCAGGAGGAUGACAAAAACUCUGUGGAUAUUCAUGACAAUCCUCCAGCUCCUGACAACUUUGUGAGGGAAGAUGGAGACACUGUCUAUUUUAUUUAUGAGGAGGAGGUGGAGGUGGAGGAGAAGGAACCAGAACCUCCUUCCGAGACAGUUAUUCGGAUCAAUGACAAGCCCCACAAGUUUAAGGACCAUUACUGCAAGAAGCCCAAGUUCUGUGAUGUCUGUGCUCGGAUGAUCGUUUUAAACAACAAAUUUUGUCUGAGGUGUAAGAACUGCAAGACCAACAUCCAUCAUUCAUGUCAGCACUAUGUCGAGUUCCAGAAGUGCUUUGGCAAAAUUCCACCUGGCUUCAGAAGGGCCUAUAGCUCCCCCCUUUACAGCAGUGACCAACCAGACCCAAACAACCCAAACCGGAAUGACCCCGUCUUUGACACCUUGAGGGUUGGUGUCAUCAUGGCAAACAAGGAGCGCAAAAAGAAUGAAAACGACAAGAAAAAUAUGAUGAUGAUGAUGGAAGAGGAGGAAGAAGAAAACCAACAACCCAAAGAAAAUGAGGAGGGAGGAGAAGGGAAGCCUGAAGAUAAAAAAGAAAAAGGUGGAGACAAAGCAGAUGACAAGGCUAAAGGUGCCUUCACUGGGUCCCACUACUACCUGGCUCUCUACCGCUUUAAAGCCAUUGAGAAAGACGACCUGGACUUUCACCCCGGUGAUCGGAUCAUAGUGCUGGAUGAUUCCAAUGAAGAGUGGUGGAGAGGAAAGAUGAGGGAGAAGACCGGCUACUUUCCUGCCAACUACCUCAUAAAAGUGCGUGCAUCUGAGAGGGUUUACAAGAUUACCCGCUCCUUUGUGGGCAACAGAGAAAUGGGACAAAUUACACUCAAGAAAGAUCAGAUUGUAGUGAAGAAAGGAGAUGAAAAAGGCGGCUACCUGAAGGUCAGCACAGGACGUAAGCUGGGGUACUUCCCUGCAGAUCUUCUUCAGGAGAUCACUGUGACAUAAAACGCAACAUUAAGCAAGAAAAAAACAGCUGCAACACAAGAUGUCACCAAAAACUGGUCUCUGAUCGACAAAACCAUCAAAAUCUAAGUUUGGUUUUAUUGUGUUUGCUGUAAACUAUUUCUGUCUUUGACUGGCUGAUUAUUUGAAACACAUUUCAUUAUUUUGUUCAUUAUUAUGGUAGACCGGCGCGACAGCGGAGUUAUGUAGUACGUGUCCCACAAAUUCCCAUAAUUCAUUGUGAGUUGAAUCGGAUUGGUCGAGGUCGGGCAGCAAUGGCGGACAAUGGUGGCAAAAAAUUUUGAAUAAAAAUUAAAAUAAUAUGCUUUCUGUGACCCCAAAUAAACAUUUACGGUGUUUUUAGGCGAGAAUGUUGGUUUGUUGAACUCAAAUAUCCACUCAGCUUAUCAAGAUUCUACUUAAUUUAAAAAAAGAGGUAUGGCGUUUCUCGGCGACAGCUCGCUUGGGCGGCUGUCAGCUGACCGAGCAGCCUUCCCUCCCUCUGCCGGAAAAGGUGCCUGAUUUCCAGCUCAUUGUGUUUAAGAGAAACUGAGGUGGAAAGUCUGGUGACUCUGAUGGGUUUAAUGAUACAUUUUUUAUGGAUACCAGCGCAUUAUGGUGUUAAAGGAAAUUAAUGGGUAGAUAAGGCAGCAAAGGAAGCUGUUAGAAAUUUAUCAGUAGAUUUAGUUAUUAAUUUUAGUAAAACAGAAAUAAAAAUGUUAAUUAAACAUUAAAUUAAGGAUGAAUUACAAAAGGAAUGGGAGAAAGAAAAGAAAGGACGUUGGUUUCAUAUAAUUCAAAAGACUGGAGAAAUGAGGAACAGAAAGGGCAAGGAGAAAAGAAACAAUUAUUUAUCGUCUCAGAUUUGGGCAUACUGGAUUAAAUAGUACUCGUAUUUUAGGGAAACAUUGUAAUGGUAAAUGUGAACUGUGGAAUAGAUGAAACAAUAGAGCAUGUUAUGCUGCACUGUAAAAAAUAUAUUAGAGAGACAACAAGAGAGACAACAAUUAAUUCAAAAUUUAAAUAGCAUUAAAGUUAAAUUAGAUUUAAUUGAUUUAUUUAGAAGUAAUUCAAAAAGUAACAUUUAUCAGAUAAUAUUUCGUUAUCUAAAAAUAACAGUUGUACAGUCGAAUUUAAUUCCUGAGACAUUUUGGUCCACACUCCAUACCAGCAGGUGGCGGUAAUGCGCCAAUUUUGUUGUUUGCCAACCGCCAUUACAAAGCAAGAAGAAGAGUCUGGAACAAGGGGUCUCUGCAGACUAAAAAGUGGGCGUUUCUCCACCGAAGUGGGGGUUUCUCAACCUGUAGGCGUUCCGUGAUCACAAACAGUGAUUGGUUGGCUUUAUAUGCUCUGUUUUCCACGGAGGUAUAUAUACAAAGCUAACCAGAGCUAACCGGCAUGAAGUUGUACGGAGAAGCGCAGAAUGUAGGUAACGCAAUUAUCAGUCAUUAAGUUAAUUUUCGAAAUUAUAUUUUUUAUGUUGUCAGUUUGUAUUAUGAAGCCUACAUGUACUAAUUUGUAGGUAAAAAAAAAAGUACAGGUUUAAAAUGUGAGUGAAGAAAGGUGAUCUAUCAUAUUUAUGUUUCAAACGUGAUCGUAGCGGGGUACUGCAGCCACUUAUGCGACAUGGAUGCAGGGUUACUUUCCCAGAUUUCUACUGUAAUUUCCUCCAUCACAUGAAGUAACACCCUAAUGAUACUAUGUUGUUGUUGUUUUUAUAUAAUAGAUGCUAUGAAGACUUUUAAGAUAUGUGGGACAGAAUGUCUUCAAAAUUUCAAUAUUUAAGAAGUACACCACCACCAAGUUAUGCCUGCACAUUUUUUUGUUGUAAAAUAAAGAACAUCUUUAACCUCA